CUUGAUUUUAAUAAUUAACUGACGUGCAUAUGUUUUAAUUCGAGAAUAUUGAAAAUGUGACUGAUCAAAAUCAAAUUGUGUGUUUAUUUUUUGCAAUUGAUCUUAUUAUUUAAAGUGAAUUCCAUAGAAAAAGGCUUGGUUGGUGCUCAAACAUCGCAAUCAGUUCGAUAUGUUGAAUAUGCUCAGUGCACUGGACAUGCUGCAGUUAAAGAGAUGACGAGUUGCUUGAUUGAUUGUUAUGCAUUGGAGUGGUUUGGGGCAUAAGUUGUGAAUGAGAUAGUGUGUUUAAAUUUCGCGAAAUAUUAAGGCAUCAGUUUUUUGACAUGGCUUUGAAAUUCUUUGCUCAAAAGGCUGUUUGGAAGAGGGAUAUGGACAAGUAAUGCGUUGGAGCACAAAGGUUUCUCUUGCAAGCAAGUUGCGAUAUGACUAUUGUAUUUAUAUUUACUUUUCUCGGAAGAGAGUACACGGUGAAUUUUUAAUCUAUUAAAUUUUGAAUGUAUACGUGAGUGUAUGUAAUUACAACGUUGCAAUAUUUUAUGUCGGUGCGAAUUAAAAAGGCCAUUACGGAUGUGUAAAUUUUGCAUUAUUUACCAAUUCAUGAGAAGGAUAUACAUAUUUGUGUACAUAUGACCAUGUGCCCAUACACAUUAUUUCCUGUACCAUUUCAAUAAAAUAAGAACUAUUUACUAUUGCGAAACAACAAGUGCAUACACAUUAAAAAUUUAAACAAAUAACAAAAUAUUUUACUGCAAUUACGUUAGUGCCUACAUAUGUAUGUAUCUGAAGUGAAAUUUAUAUAUUUGAAAGGCAUGGAGUAAAUAGUGAGAUAAAAAUAUUCAAAAUCGAAUGCAUAUGAAUUUCAGAUCUACAAUCUACAACGUGUGGAAAAUAAGGCACAAGACAAUUUGCAUCUGGUUCGACUAGAAAUAGAAGCUGCGAAAAAGCAGAUAAUUACAAUUCUGCUACAAAUUUUUCCAUACAAAAAUAACAGAUAACUUGCAAAAAAAAAAAAAAUAGCUUUUAUAGCACUAUGAUAGCAACGGUGUCUCGUUCAAAAUAUAAUUUAUAAAUACAAAUUGUCAACAGAUUUCGUGUGAUCCACUAAAAUAUGAUUUUUUUAUAUAGAAAAAAUCGUAUUAAUAAUAAGUUGGAAAUUAUUGAAAAUAAUUCGACAACAACAGUAAGAAAAUAUCAAAUAUUACUUAUGUCGUCCUCCUAACGUUCAAGAUUGUCUUGUUUACAACUUCCAAUUAGUGCGCGAAAUUCGUUAAAUCCACAAAAUUAUCAAAGGAAAGAGACGGCUGUGUCGACAAUUAAGCGUACUGCGAGAAAUGGUGCUGUUGCAACGUCAACGACUACAAAGGACUUUAAAUCGGUUCCAAAGACAGAGGCAUCAAGAAUUUUUACAACCUUGUCUAAAGCCGCAGCACUCACAAUCAUUUAAUUUGUUUUAUUAUCGCCAAUUACCAAUAAAUCGUUGCAAAACACCGAUAAAAUUAUGGCCACAGCUGCUGCUGCAUUGGGUUCUGGGUGCACACCAUCCCUAUCAGCUCACCUAAUUAGCGGAGUUGUUGGCAGUGGCGUUAAAGUUUCAAAUAUUGGAGUCAUUGAUUGUUCACCGAGUUCAACAUCUGCUGUUACACUCAAUAAUAGCAGCCAUGAUCUUAGCGAUAAAGACAUAAAUAACAGCAAAACGGAAAAACUUCUGGUUCAUAGAAAUGGUGGCAGCAGCAAUAAUGACACCGAAACCUAUAAGUCAUCUGGCAGCAGUGGAAAUAUUGGCGGAAGAUUGAAAUUUUUCAAAAAUGGAAAAGUCAUAUUAGAAUUGGCGCGUUCUAAAGAAGGUUCAAAGAAUGGAUGGAUAUCGGUUCCGAGGAAAGUUUUUCGCACACCGUCAGCCACUUCAUCAACAGUUACCCCUACUUUGGCCACAUCGAUAACAUGCUCUAAGAAUGAAAGUUUAGCAUCUCUAAGCUUUUCUGAUGACAACAGUUCUAUACAAUCUUCACCAUGGCAACGAGAACACUCUUGGAAACAACAAUCUCCUCGCAAAAGCAUUUCAAAAGCCAUGUCGUUCUAUUACCAGCGACCUAAGAUCGUUAUUUUGACUAAAGCUGCAUUUGCCAUUGCUCGUAGAAAACAUCGAAGGCCAUACGACACUAAUUUGUGCACUAAUGGAAAUUUCAUUUUAAAAAGUCAUGAACAAAUGUUAGAAGAAAACCAGAGUUUCAAAGCAUUAUUGAACCCAUCUCAUCAACGUGACACAAAACCAAUAAAUGUUAAUAAAGACAGUGAUAUUAAAUGCAAAACAUGGAAGGAAGAAAUUAAAUGUGGGCUAAUAAAUGAAGAAGAUUGUUGCUCAAGUUCAUCUACAGCAACGUUAACCGGUUACGAUUUUACAGAUGAACAAAUGGAAGUUAAAACGCCAACUCCGUCAUCGAUUUCUUUACCACAUUCACCCUGUCAAAAUGACAAACUAUUUGAAAAUAAACCCACUGAAGAAGUGCAAAUCAGUGCAACAGAAGAAAAUAAAAUAAACGCUCCAGAAAAUAUGAAUAAUGUUGAAAAUACUGAUUUGAUAUCAACGAUGGAUGAGAAUGACGGGACAGAACUCACUCUGAAUGGCAACACAUCAGAAGUACGAAGCGUCAAUUCGCAAUCAGAUAAACUACAUUUUCAAGAUGCAUAUGAUCAACGUGGUGACGAUAAAAGACAUAAGAAUGGCAAAAUCCGACUUAAGUUAAGUACAAUUGUCCAAAAGUUGAUUGACAGAAUGCCUUUACGCCUUGCUCAACUAUCAAAGCUAAAUCAAUCAAUAGGGCCUACUAACAGCUUUUGUGGUUCUAGUAAUACAAUCUCGCAAAAGGUUUCACCAUCGAAUGCGUCAACUGCAACGCGUCUAGUCGAGUAUCCACAGCAUCAUGUAUCACCGCGAAAGCGGAUCCUCCGCGAAUUCGAAAAAGUAUCUUUAGAGGAUAAUUCCAAUUCAGCUGGAGGAAAGAGAAGUCGUGCGAAAAAUAACGCAACAUUAUCGUCGUCGUCGCUACAUCAUAGAACAAAAUCGCCCAAUAGUCGUAAUAAUGUCAAUGCAAAUAGUAACAUACCGUCAAAAAUAAGCCAAUCAUGUGGCAACAGCUCAAUUCGGUCAUCAUCAGCUACGUAUUCAAAAUCUGAGACAACAGAGUCAAUAUUAACAACUACACCUACACGCCUGUACAGCUCAUAUAGCAUUCAUUCAUUACUAGGGGGUAAUGUCUGUAGUAGCACAAUACCGUCUAUAUCACUUGCAAAUACUGGUCCUGGUACAAUAACUAACGAAACCACAGUUCUUAGUAGUAAGGGCUAUCAAACAAAACAGCAACAUGUUUCGCCCCAAACGCAUUAUAAUGAUCCGUCUUAUUUGCGUUCAAUGCUUGCUUCACCCAAAUCGCCAGAACAAUGUAAUAUUGGUUGUGGAGGCAAAUCACCGUCGACUUCAGCUUCAAAAAAACGUUCUCCACCCUACGUUUCUCCGCACGAUUUGCACAUUAACAGCGAUGCAGGAAUGUUAAACAGUAAAACCCGUUAUGCCUCCGAACAAUCUAGUAAUAUUGAUACCACAUCUAACAUACUUUCCGGAAGUCAUUCUCAUUCACAUUCACAAAAUAAGGGGUUUUAUGUGCCGUACAUGCCAUUAUCAAAAUAUGUACCUCCUACGAGCACGUCAGUGCUCACAGACACAACAUCGUCAAUAUCGUCAAGUUCUUGCGGUCCUCAUGAAGCGAGAUCACCUCGACAUCUAUCAGCUUUUAGUAGAACAUCUUCACCUGCUUCGAUAUCAUCAGCAAUUCUAGUUAACCAAUCAUCUUCGUGUUCUAUUGGCAAUAGUAGAGAAAACUCGCCACCAACACCGCAGACAACUUCUGAUUCACCGCGCGACACUAUAUCAAGAACUGUACCAAAAAAGACUGCAUCAAUUCGUAGGCAAUUCGCUUCGCCCAAUGUCAUUUCAUUAAGUAUUGCCAACCCCUCGUCAGGUGAUCGUCACACUGAAGAAAUCUACUCAACUCAGGACCAUCAAACUCCUGUUUCUCUUGUUAAUACAUGCAGUAGUGGGAGUCAUCAAUUGCUACGUGGAUCGCCAAAUAAUAACACAGUUCCUUCACCACUUCAUCACUAUUAUAUGUAUUCAGCAGUGGCACCUAAUGACAACUCAAAUCAAGUUCCACGUAGUUCGCCCGUCUCAACGAGUACAUUUUCUAUUGGGCAUGGAGGAACAAAUAGUUCUGCUGGAUCAUACAUUCCAUCGGUGUUGCCGACCGCUUAUAUGAAUCCAUAUUUUGCAUUGGCUGCCUUGAGACAACCCCAACUAUGGUCACACUAUGGUGGCAUGUCUUUACCUUUGCAUCUGUCAUCAGUUGCGGCGACGGCGACGGCUUCACUGAGGCUUUCACCGCCAACCUUUCAUUCCUUUGCUUACAAUGGAGUUAAUGCGGCUAUGGCGGCAGUAGUGCAGCAACAACAUGUAUUGGCUUCAUCAGGUUUAAUACAUGGGCAUAGCCAGAACAGCGUAUCAGUGGUACCUACCGAUCAUCCAUCUCAAAAUGCUUGUGGUGGAAGAAAAGUUUCAGCGGCAACAAUGUCUGAGCGAACGAUUGAUUUAGACGGUGGGGCAAUUGCGAAUAAUGCAACGGGUCUUGACUCGGUUCCAGAAGAAAUGUCUAGCAGCAAAAGAGAACAUAGUUCAGACGUGCCGCUGAACCUGUCUAAGCAUUGAGUGCAUUUUCCAUUAUAUAGCUAUGUAAGUUCCAUACAUUUUAGGUAGAUGUUAGCUGACUCACAUAAAGUAUUGUAUAGGAGAUCGAUACAUUCAUGUAAGGAUAAUUAUAUAAAAUAAUUUUAUAGCAUGUACUCUUUCACUCAUUUAAAUCAAUUGCGACUAACAUCUUUCGACUUGUGCAAUAAUUUUUGAAUGACAUAAAUAUAUUUAGAUACAAAGAAAUUAAAAAAUUAUAUAUAAAUAAUAAAUUUCUGCAGAAAAGAAAGGAUAGUAUAUUUAUUUACAUCAAUAAUAAAUAAUAUAGACUGUAUACACGAGAAAUUCAUCAGGAUUUAUAAUUGAAGAGGGGAUUUAAAUGGAAUCAACACUAUUCACAGAAUAAAGGCUGACAGAAGAGUGUUUAAUCUUAAUUAUUGAGAAAAGUUGUUUCUUUCGCUAAAAAUUGUCGCUUUCAAAACGAGUAAAUUAUUAUUUUAUUGAAGUACUUCACUUUGCUGUUACAACAAUUAGUAAACCAAUAUGGUUACUUUUAAUUCACAACUGUAAAGACAAAAACUUACCAAAGUAAUAAUUAUUUUGUUUUCAUAAGCUAGAAAAUUAAAGCGUGAUUUUAACAAUUCCCACUAGCGAACGCUCUGCUGUUAGCCUUAAAAUAAUUAUAAAAAUACAAAUAUUUAAAUACAUAUACAUACAUAUAUAAAAUAUUUUACAAAAGUUUUACGAUACAAGUCUUUAUAAUUAAAAAAAAAACUUAAAUUCGAAAACAUUUUUCGAAUAGACAUAAAAUAUUUACACUAAAAACUAAGUAGGUAGAUAGGCAUACAAAUAAUCAUUAAAAAAUUAGAGUGGAAUACCAUAUAUGAAAGAUUUUAAUGUAAAGAAUUUAUAUAUACACAGCUUUCCUGUAUACAAAUUUAAGAUAAGAAGAUGUGGUCCGAAUUCAUGGGAUUAAUCAGCCGAAAUGAACAAAUAUAAAAGCAAAUAUAUUUGCAUAUAUUAAUGUACAUACAUGUGCAUACGUUAAAUGAAUGAUUAUUGUUUAAUAAAAAAUAUGUAUAGUUUUAAAAGCUCCAUCUCUUUAGAAAAUGACUUAUUUCUUUUAAGCACUACCUCGUUUAACGUUCUGGCUUAAUAAUUUAUUUUUUAUAUAUCAUUCCUUCAUUUUCGAGUUAUUAUUGAAGAUUGUAGUUUUAAAAAUAAAAAUUAAAAUUAAAAACAAUACAAUACAAUAAAAUAAACGAAUUUUAUAUACUUUUUAUGAUUUACAAAUAAAAAUAGCAUGAAUACAUAUAAACAUUCGUAUUUUGCUUUUGCAAAAAAAUAUAUUUAACUUACUAAAACUGUACAAGGAAAGUAAAAACAAUAAAGUAAAUGUUAUAUAUAAACAUAGUGCCUUUAUCACCAACAGUCAAUACAAAAUGGCAAAAGUAUAACACAAAGUUAAAUAAAACUGCACAGUACACGACAACUCAAAUCAGAAUUCACACAUUUUAACACACCUAUGAGAUGUAGUUUUUAAUAAUGAAUGUAAAAUAAAAAUUAUUUAUGAUAAAAUUUAAAAUUUAGUAAAAGUUUUAAUUGAAGGACUACUAAAUAAAUUGUAAUAAAACAAUUUGUUUAAAACCAUUAAUUUCAUUAGAUGGGGUUAUACUCCUACAUACAUUACUAUUGCAAUUGAAAAUAAAAGAAAAUGUUUGUAUGUAUAAAUCAGGGGAAAUAUUGUAGGUACUUAUACAGGUAUUAUGGUGGGUAUUGUGUAUGGGAUUAUAUAUUUGAUUUUCAGAUUAUAAGCAUGACCACUACCCAUGUAACGGUUAUGCUAAAAAUUACUAUCAGUGUAAUAAAAACUUAAUACGAGCAAGAGUAAAAA